UUCAACAGGAACCACGACCUCAAGCGGCACAAAAGGAUCCAUUUGGUCGUGAAAUCUUAUCCUUGCCAAUAUUGUGAAAAACAAUUCAGUCGAAUGGACGCGCUUAAAAGGCACGUCCUUGUUCAUAAAAAAACAAAGAUAUACAUAUUAGUACGAUAG